GAACAACCGUUGGUUUCUCAGAAACCGUUGGAAGACAGAAACACACUGGCCUCUGCGGAGCGCCUGAUGCAGCGGGGAUUCCGCCUCUUUCUCCGCUUACAACAUGGAUUUCAACGUGAGGAAACUCGCCACAGAUGCUGGAAUAUUUUUUUCAAGGGCUGUUCAGUUUACAGAGGAGAAACUGGGACAGGCUGAGAAGACCGAGCUGGACGCUCACUUUGAGAAUCUGCUGUCCAGAGCUGACUGCACCAAAAACUGGACCGAGAAGAUCUACAGACAGACUGAAGUUCUGCUUCAGCCAAACCCUGGUGCUCGCAUCGAAGAGUUCCUGUAUGAAAAGCUUGACCGCAAGGUUCCACCGCGGCCCACUAAUGGAGAGAUCUUAGGCCAGUUCAUGCUGGAGGCAGCGAAGGAGUUUGGACCGGGAACACCGUACGGAAGCACCCUGAUCAAAGUGGGCGACUGUCAGAGGAGACUGGGCGGCGCUGAGAGAGAGUUUCUGCAGAGCUCAUCCAUUAGCUUCCUCACACCCCUGCGCAACUUUUUGGAGGGCGACUGGAGAACCAUUUCUAAAGAGAGGAGACUCCUGGAGAAUCGGCGCUUGGAUCUUGACGCCUGUAAAGCGCGACUCAAGAAAGCCAAAGCAGCAGAGGCCAAAGCGGCUGCUGUUCCAGACUUUCAAGAGACCAGACCACGUAAUUAUGUGCUGUCUGCCAGCGCAUCUGCGCUCUGGAAUGAGGAACUUGAUAAAGCGGAGCAUGAAUUGCGUGUUGCUCAGACAGAGUUUGACAGACAGGCUGAGGUCACCAGACUCCUCCUGGAGGGCAUCAGCAGCACACAUGUGAAUCAUCUGCGCUGCUUGUGUGAGUUUGUGGAAGCGCAGGCGAUGUAUUACAACCAGUGUCACAAGUACAUGCAGGAGCUGCAGAAAGAGCUUGGCAGUUCCAGUGGAGACAUAAGAUGCCCCGACUCACUGGAGGUGAAUUCCCAACCUGACGUCAGCCCAACGAAUCCGUCCGCCUACCUGCCACUGAACUCUCCAUCUACGCUGGAAACAGACGCUCUGCAGAUUGAAGAAGUUCAGCCGCCCGCCAGCGGCACACGCAAGGCCAAAGUGCUGUAUGACUACGAUGCAGGAGACUCCAGUGAGCUCUCGCUGCGGGCCGACGAGCUCAUCACCGUGUACACAGUGCCUGGAAUGGACUCUGAUUGGCUGAUUGGAGAGAGAGGAAACCUAAAGGGGAAGGUGCCUGUUACAUAUCUGGAGCUGUUGAGCUAAAGAGGCGAGACACAAACACACACUCUUCCAUGCACACAGUUUCCAGCUUUAACACCCAGCAAUGAGCAAACAGAAUCAUGGACACCAAUGAGAUCAACCCAUAUGUGUUUACAUGCAUGUCAAGGGGAUACUGAUUGACCGGGGCUUCAUUUUUCUGUUUGAUUUUACUAUUUAAAAUGUUCCUGAUGUCUCUGCCAUUUUUUAAAAUUAUUUUGGAGGUGUAAUAUCACACAGUAGUAUUAUAAUCCAUCCUUUUUAAUACUAAACACCAAACCCUUAUGAAUUAUGUAAUAGGUUUAGUCAGCAUUAUAAAACAUAAUUUUUUGAAAUCAUUAAAUCACACAAAUGCUCACCACUACAAAACAAAUCUCAGAACUAAUAAUUCACUCACAAAUGCCUGAAACAUCCGCUCAUUGUGAGCACAUGUAUGUAUGUAUGUAUGUAUGUGCCUGUUUUCUGCACUAAAAACUGUUCUGUGGUCAGUCAGAAUGUCUUUUCUGCUUUUAGCAUACAGAUAACAUUCUCUAUUCAGCUUGUCUUGAAGCUGAUGACAGAUCUAAGCUCAAUAUUAAAUGUUCAAAGGUCAUCUACACUAAGCACUAAUGUAUUUGCACUGAUGAGCGACUUCCGUAAGCCUACAUUAAACACGGCCUUAACCGCAUCUCAUGCAGACAGAUGUAAUGAGCUCCAGCUAAUAAAGUCUACAGCAGCAACGCUGUUAGAAAUUUUCCAUGGAGUGUCCGUGUGAUAGAGAUCAGAACAUGAAUGUUGAUCUCCAGCCUUAAAUUGUUCAUCGGCAAAACUAGCUUUUCUUGCAUGAGGAGCAACAGUGCAAUAAUAUCUGCUCAUGCUCAGAAAAUGUAGAGAUGCUCUGCUGUAAGUGCCACUUAAGUUAGUAUUUUGUUUUAAAAUCACUUUUAAUUAGUCAAAAUGUAAACAAAUCAUAUUAAUCCAUCAUAAGGCCAAUUUGAUUUACACAUGGGGAAUUUUAUUGUAACUAUUAUUGUUUUGAAAUGUGCUGUUGCCACAUUCCAUUGCACUUCUAAAGGAAUAGUUCACCCUAAAAUGAACAUUUGCUGAAAAUUUUCUCACUCUCAGGUCACCCAAGAUGUAGAUGAGUUUGUUUCUUCAUCAGAUUUGGCGAAAUAUGUCAUUCUGUCACUUGCUCACCAAUGGAUCCACUGCAGUGAAUGGGUGCCGUCAGAAUGAGAGUCAGACAGUUUUUCAUUUGGAAAUGGUGAUUGAUCUGUGCAGAUUAUUCUCUUGAUUCUUUUUCACUGGAAGCAUUAUUAUUAAGCAAUAAAUAUAUGUCUUGAUGCAUUUGUUUCUUAUAAACAAGCAGCUUUUGUAUUCUAAAUGAUGAACUGGAGUGGUGUGGAUUACUUGUGGAUUAUUGUGAUGUUUUUAUCAGCUGUUUGGACUCAUUCUGAUGGUACCCAUUCACUACAGAGGAUCUAUUGGUAAGCAAGUGUUGCAAUGUUACAUUUCUCCAAAUCUGAUGAAGAAACAAGCUCAUCUACAUCUCUGAAGUUUUUAGCAAACUUUACAUUUUUGCAUGCACUGUUCAUUUAAGUUUCGUCUACUGAUUUAAAGAGUUUUACUGUGUUUUUGUGUCUGUCUCAAUAGCAGCUGUAGAGCAAUGCAUGAGUUUCACAACUCUUGAAUCUAUUCUAACUGAUGUACUUUAUAAUGAUAAUACAAUUUUAUUUAUGUAGUACAUAAUUUCUGAAACCUGAGGUUGCUCGCUGUGUUGAUUUAAACCAUACUUGAUUUAUUUAUGCCAUACAGAACUGCACUGCACAACCUGUUUAAUGUGACACCUAUUAAUAUAUUUAUUUUAAAUUUAGAUUUAAAAUUAGACCUUUUAGAGUUUGCCUUCAUAGCUUACUUCUUUAUUAUGUAUUAGUGUCAAAGUGCAGCUAAACAUUAUUUAGAUAUUGUGUUCAAUGUGCAGUAUUUAAUGUUAUAUUUUGCAUCUAAUGUUAUUUUAUCUUCAUUGUUAAUCACUGUGUUUUAUGUAUAAUGGCCAAAAUGAGUUCAUUAAAAAAUCAUUUCUGUUCUUCUGAGAGAAAGCUCUUGUCUAU